UUUUUAAAAAAUAUAUAAUUGCUAGCUGAAUUUAAUUAAGACAAUGAAUCAUUUACAUUUUGAAGCAAAAAGAUUAAAAGAUCUUCUUUAUGAUAUAGAAAUUAAUUCUGAAAGUUUUAAGUUACUUCCUUUAGCUUUUGAAGAAUUUGCUCUUUCUAUUUCGGAUUCUACAAGAAAUUCUUGUCUUUCUUUUCUCCCUGAGCUUAUUCGGGCUUUGUACUUGCCAAUAGAUCCUUUACCUAAUAUAAGAGUUAUAGAAAAGUUAAUAUCUACAUUGUCUUGGAAAGAUAUAUGCGAAUUAGAUCUUGUUCCACAUAUUCUUACAGGGAUUAUGUGCGGAAAUGAAGAUAUAGAGCUGUUUUGUUUGAAAAUGCUUUCCAAAUCAACUAAAGCAAUUACUCCUAAUGAUAUUAAUGAAAAUAUAAUUAGUUGUAUAAUUUCUUGUAUAUCCUCGAAGCAUUGUUCAUCUGCGAAUAAGGCUAUAGAAAUAAUAUGUGAUCUUAAUCUUUCUAGUGAUAUGUUUAGAGAGAGGCUUUUAUCAUCUUUUUUAGCGUUAUCGACUCAGUUUUUUUCAUCAGAUGACUCAUUUUCUUCUAGUUCCAUGAUUAUAUCUCGAUUUUUAACUCUAAUAUUAAAACUUUCUAGUCAAUCGUUCGAAAUGUUUAAAUUUCUUGCUUCCAGUAGCUUAAUAGAUAAUGUGAUGAACUUAUGUAAUUCAAAUGAUCUUCUUAUGAAACUUUGUAAAUUCGAUUUUUUAUCGUCCUUGUUAACUCUUAAUUAUACCCUCGAAUGGCUUGAAAAUCAUGGAUAUUUUAAAGAAGCUAUUUCUCCAUUUCUUAUGUCUCAAUCUUCAAAUAUUGAUGUUGAUACUGAACUUUUAAUAAUUCAAUCUUGUAAAUUUAUUGAAUCGAUGAAGUAUAUUUCUUUUAAAGAUUUUAAAAGAAUUGAUUCUUCUAAUAAUUUGGUAUCCAGAUUGGUUGAAAAUUUGUCUUUUAGAUCAUUAUCUUCAUCUCUUUAUAAAGCAAAUCUUUUUACAAUUGCUGGAAUGUUUUGUUUUUCUGAUGAUUUUUCUGAAUAUAUUUAUUUUAAAUUGAAUGAUAUGUCUAAUCUUACUAAAACAGAUAAUGGCUUAAGUGCUCUACAGUUAAUAUUUUCAAGUCCUUCAGAUAAAUAUACUCAACUUUUUUUUCAACAAAAGUUAUCUUCGAAAGCUAUGUUUGAUAUUAUGAUGUCUGCAAAAUCUCCUUUUGAAUCUACACGUCAUUCUGCUUUGUUAAUUUUGAAAGAGAUUGUAAAACAUCCAUGGGGUAUUUUAAAAUGUGUCGAAUUAACUCCAUUGAUGGAAUUUAUAUUGUCUAGAACUACUGAGGAAUAUUUCGAUAGAAUGGUUAAAUACGAUAUAGUCAAAAUAAUGGAAAAAACUGGAAGACAUUUAUUAGGACCAUGGGAAGAAGAGGUUUUGCGAUAUGUUAUGAAAGGUGUAUUCGGUACUUCGUAUCAGCCUGGAGUUUUAUUAUAA